CCACCCCGUGGCGGUGGCCGCCGACGGAGGCGUCUCCCCCGCACACUACCCGGUGCACGAGUGCGUCUUCAAGGGGGACGUGAGGCGGCUGUCCUCGCUCAUCCGCACGCACAAUAUCGGGCAGAAAGAUAAUCACGGAAACACUCCUUUACAUCUUGCUGUGAUGUUAGGAAAUAAAGAAUGUGCCCAUUUACUUUUGGCUCACAAUGCUCCAGUAAAAGUGAAAAAUGCUCAGGGAUGGAGCCCACUGGCGGAAGCCAUCAGCUAUGGAGAUAGACAGAUGAUUACUGCUCUUUUAAGGAAGCUUAAACAGCAAUCCAGGGAAAGUGUUGAAGAAAAACGACCUCGAUUAUUAAAAGCCCUGAAAGAGCUAGGUGACUUUUAUCUAGAACUUCACUGGGAUUUUCAAAGCUGGGUGCCUUUACUUUCCCGAAUUCUGCCUUCCGAUGCAUGUAAAAUAUACAAACAAGGUAUCAAUAUCAGGCUUGACACUACUCUCAUAGACUUUACUGACAUGAAGUGCCAACGAGGGGAUUUAAGCUUCAUUUUCAAUGGGGAUGCAGCACCCUCUGAAUCUUUUGUAGUAUUAGACAAUGAACAAAAAGUUUAUCAGCGAAUACACCAUGAGACGAUAGAUUGAGAAUUGGAC